AUGAAGCUCCUCUACAUCGGAAUUAUCAAUAAUGGCCAGCAGCCCGCCGUGGAGCUGUGCGCCGAGCGCGAGUUGAGCAGCUACUCGCGUUUCACCCGGAGUAACAUCAGCGAGUUCAUGACUAUGUUCAGCAAGACGGUAGCCGAACGAACGAAACAGGGCCAGAGACAGGAUAUCGAGGAACAAGAUUUCACUUUUCACGUCUAUGCCCGGACUCAAAAUAUCGCCGCCGUCAUCAUUAGCGACAAGGAGUAUCCGUCUUUGGCGGCACACCAGAUCCUCUCGAAAGCCCUCGAUGAGUUCCUCGCUCAAAACCCCAACGCCGACUCCUCCAGGAACCCCGUGACCUUCCCCCCGCUGCGCACGUACAUCACGACGUACCAGGACCCCCAGCAGGUCGACAGCAUUAUGAAGAUUCAGAAGGAGCUGGACGAGACGAAGAUCGUCCUUCACAAGACUAUCGAGAGUGUUCUCGAACGAGGCGAGAAAAUCGACGAUCUGGUCACCAAGAGUGAGGGGCUCAGCGCACAGAGCAAAAUGUUCUACACUUCGGCGAAGAAGCAGAACUCCUGCUGUGUCAUCUGCUAG